AGAGGGAAGAAGAAGUAAACAUGACAAGUACAGAAGAAGAAUGGAGCAGAGAAGAAGAGAAAGCCUUUGAGAAUGCAAUUGCCAUUCACUUCUCCAAUAAUAACUCUCAUGAAGACCCUUUGUGGGAUACCAUUUCUUCCAUUAUUCCAACCAAAACCCUUUCACAGCUUAAGCAACACUAUGAGAUGCUUGUGGAUGAUAUCAGUGCAAUUGAAGCUGGUUUAGUUCCAAUCCCUUCUUAUAUCACAGAGGAGAACACUAUAAAGAAAGAUCAAUUCCCUCUCAAUACUAAUUCUGCUUCUACUUCUACUGACCGGAGAUCGAAUACAAAUUCUGGCAACAGUUUCGCCGGAUUGAGUAGCGAAUUGGCCGGGACUGGUCAUAGAUCGAAACAUGGGUCUAAGUCCGACCAAGAACGCCGGAAAGGGACUCCAUGGACUGAGGAAGAGCAUAGGUUAUUCUUGUUGGGGCUUGAUAAGUUUGGGAAAGGGGAUUGGAGAAGCAUAUCAAGAAAUUUUGUGAUUUCAAGGACACCAACUCAGGUAGCAAGUCAUGCCCAGAAGUACUUUAUCAGGUUGAAUUCAAUGAAUAGAGACAGGAGAAGAUCUAGCAUACAUGACAUUACUAGUGUGAAUAGUGGAGAUGUCUCUUCACCACAAGGCCCCAUUACAGGCCAACAAGCCCACAUGACUUCAACUACUACACAAGUUACUGGCAUCGGCGGCGGCGGCGGUGUUACCGGAAACAGCCCAUCAAUGAAACAUCGGCCGCCGCCACCGAUGAAUAUGGCUAGUAUGGGCAUGUAUGGAGCUCCAAUGGGUCAGCCAGUACCAGCCACAGGGCAUAUGGUUUCAGCAGUUGGAACACCAGUUAUGUUCCCUCCUCCAGGGCAUCAUCAUUCUCCUUAUGUCGUCCCCGUCGCUUAUCCGGUGGCGCCGCCAACAUUGCACCAAUAGGAAAUGGUUCCUAAAUAUACUCUCCAAUUAAACAUCUAUGGUGCCUGAGCUUGACUUUGACCAUGGUAA